UAAAUAUUGGUGUGAACUGCAAGGUUCUGGAAUCAUCAAAAUCAUAAUAAAUUUAAUGGUGGAUGAUAGUGUUGUUGAAAAGUAAAUGUCAGGUUGAUUUGCAUUUACAGAAGUGUAAUUGAUGUUGUACUGCAAAUUGUAAACACCGCGCCAUCACACGUCAUUUGUAGAUCUCCAUUCAGUCAUACCAUUUAAUCUACCAUGGCUUAGCAAAGUUUGUCCAAAAACCCAACAGAGAGGGCCUUUUUAAUACUCAUCUUUCUGGGGCCCGUUCUUUGAUACCAACGACAUGACAGUCACAACUUGAUAUGCUACGGAAAUGUCUUUGAUCUUCCUAAACCGUUUUUACAAAAAGCUGAAUAGCUAGACAUCUCAUGAUAACGAUACUAUUGGCGGGAAGAGGAGCCUAGGCUUUGUUUUUGAGAUGGGUACCCUCAAUUAUUUUCAUUUGAUAGUUUAAGCAAAAAUACAACUUUAUAAUUUUCGUAGUAAAAAUACGAUGCUAUGAAAAUUGCGGCAGGUGUUUUAGGCUUCAACAAAACAGUUAAACGACACAACGCAGGAAAGAGAAAUAGGGAGAAAGAGAAAUAGGGAGGAAGAGAUGGAGAAGGAACAGCAGGACCGCAAGAAGUUUAAUGAAUACCUUGAAGCGAUGAGGGAGACGUAUUCAGAGCAAGUGGUGGAUACCCUGUCAUCCAUGGAUCACAAUGUCUUAGAUCUAGAUCUCACAGCUGAACUACUGCGCUACAUCUCACUGCAAAAACCGGAGGGUGCCAUCCUUGUCUUUCUACAGGGGUGGGAUCAGAUCAGUAAGCUACAUGACAAACUCACCUCCCAGACGCUCUUCUCAGAAGAAAGGUUCAUCAUCAUUCCUCUACACUCUAUGAUGCCUACCAUCAACCAGAGACACGUAUUUGAACAUCCACCUCCCGGAGUACGGAAGAUCAUCAUAGCAACCAACAUUGCAGAGACUAGCAUCACCAUAGAUGAUGUGGUCUAUGUGGUCAACCUGGGACGAGUCAAAGAAACCAACUUUGAUGUGGCCAACAACAUUCGGACGAUGAAGGCUGAAUGGGUCAGCAAGGCGUCGGCUCAUCAGAGGAGGGGGCGAGCUGGGAGGGUGCAGGAUGGAGAAUGCUUCCAUGUGUACAGCCAGCUAAAGGCUUCUGAAAUGGUGGAAUACCAACUUCCAGAAAUCAAGAGAACUCCCCUUGAAGAACUCUGUCUCAACAUAAAGACCUUGAAGCUAGGCAGUGUGCAUCCCUUCAUCAGCAAAGCUAUGGAAACCCCUGACAUAAGGGCAAUUCAGCUAGCCAUCAGCAGUCUCAAACAAAUGAGAGCCUUUGAUGAUAACGAGGACCUGACAGCUUUGGGAUACCAUCUAUCUCGUCUUCCGGUGGAGCCUCGUAUUGGUAAGAUGAUGCUGUUUGGUGCCAUGUUCUGCUGUCUGGAUCCUAUACUCACGAUAGCAGCUUCCCUCAGCUGGAAGGAUCCAUUCUACAUCCCUCUCGGUAAGGAGAGACUCGCUGAUGAGAGGCGUAGGGUGCUGUCCAACAACACUCGCAGUGAUCACCUGAUGUUAGCUAAUGCUAUGAGUGGCUGGGAGGAUGCUAAGGAACACAGAGGAGAGGGAUCCUACUGCUGGCAAAACUUCAUGUCUUCAAACAUCCUCAGUAUGCUGAGCAAGAUGAAGGGUCAAUUCUGUGACGUCCUGCAUCGCUUGAGGUUUGUCUCCAACAGAUCACCCAAACACAUUGAUGCAAAUAGAAAUUCAGAGAAUGAGCAGCUUGUGAAGGCAGUACUGUGUGCUGGUCUCUACCCAAAGGUUGCCCACGUAGAUAAGGUGCCUUUCAAUCGAAAGACGGGACAGAAUAGACCUCCAAGGCUAAGCACCCCAGAGGAUGGUCGAGUUCAAAUCCACCCUAAGUCUGUCAAUGCAAAUGAAACAACCUUCAGCAGUAAAUGGUUGCUCUACCAUCUCAAACUCAAGUCAACAAGUGUCUUUCUCCAUGACACUACCAUGGUUGAGCCUUAUCCCUUGAUCUUCUGCGGCGGUAAGAUCUCCUGGGACGAUGACCAGGGCCAUGAAACGGUCUUUGUGGAUGACCACAUCAAGUUUCACUGCUCUCAGGAGACGGCACAUCUCGUCAUUAAGUUACGUGAGGAGCUAGACAGAGUCAUGGAACAGAAGAUCACCAACCCAGGACCCACCAACUGGAGUCCGGCAAGCCAUGAAGGCAGAGUCAUGAGGGCCAUCAUCGACAUCCUCGUCAUGCAGUCCAGAGAUACCUACGAUAAUGAUGAUCAGGGAUUCGUACACAGCGCUAGGGGCAAUAACAGGCACGGUGGUAAUGAUGAUGAUGAUGAUGAUGACUGUUAUGAUGAUGAAGCUGGUGAGGCUGGUGGUGGCCGACAAUAUGGACGGUCCGGAAAUAGGUACAAUAAUGAUGACAGGCCUGGAAGCAGUCAUUGGAGACCAGACUCGCAUCGUAGGAGAAUUCAAGGAAAUCCACAACAAGGUUUCUGGACUCAGAAAUAAUGUUGCUUGAUAAUUGAGGUUGACAUCAGAGUUCUUA